CACUGCUUGACUACCAAAAAACAAACAAACAAUUAUUGUGCAGCUAACAACAAUUGAAUUAAAUGACCACAUCCACAUGUCACUGCCGCGCAUCACGGACUAUGAUAUACUCGAGAAACUUGGAGUGGGCAGCUAUGCAUCCGUCUACAAAGCGCGCCACAAAAAGCAGCGCACUUAUCACGCCAUCAAGUAUGUGGAAAUGUCAUCGCUAUCGCAAACCUCGCGGGAGAAUCUAAUAACGGAAAUACGCCUCCUCAGGGACCUCAAACACAAGUACAUUGUUACGUUGCAGGAUUUCUUCUGGGACGAUAAGAACAUUUACAUUGUGUUGGAGUACUGCAAUGCCGGCAACCUGUCUGCUUUUAUACGCACCAAGAAGGCCCUGCCGGAGACCACCUGCCGCUACUUUCUACGCCAGUUGGCCGCCGCCGUGCAGUAUAUGCGGGCCAAUGAUGUGUCCCACUUUGACCUGAAGCCCCAGAACCUUCUCCUCACACGAGGAGCCAACAAUGUCUCUCUUAAAGUAGCUGACUUUGGAUUUGCCCAGCACCUGAAGCUGGGCGAGAUCAAUCAGCAGCUGAAGGGAUCACCGCUGUACAUGGCACCGGAGAUUGUGCGCAAGCAUCAGUACGAUGCCAAGGCGGAUCUCUGGAGCAUUGGCGUGAUCCUGUACGAGUGCCUGUUCGGCAAGGCGCCAUAUAGCUCGCGGACCAUUGAGGAGCUGCUGCUGAAGAUACGCAACGCUGAACCCAUCACACUGCCACCAAAUGCUCGCAUCAGCAACGAGUGUCACGAUCUCUUGCGACGCCUGCUGGCCCACGAGCCAACGGCACGCAUUUCCUUUGCGGAUUUCUUUGCGCAUCCGUUUCUAGAUCUCAAGACGUUUCCCACGGAGCACACGCUGAAGAAGGCCAUCGAUCUGGUCACCCAGGCGUGUGAAUACGAUGAGAAGCACAACUACAAGGAGGCUUAUUAUCUAUACUGCAGCGCGCUGCAAUAUUUUGUGCCGCUGAUCACGGAGGAGUCGGAUGCCCCCAAGCGGCAGGCCCUGCGCAACCGAGCUCUGACCUACAUGAAGCGCGCCGAGGAGAUCAAGAACUGCAUAAUCGAGGAUGAGUACAAACAGCUGGCAAUGCGGCAACAGAAGGCAGCUGCCGCUGCACUAGCAGCCGGACAUUCCACAGAGGCUCCCCACACCGCAGAGCCACAGCCCAGUGGUUCGCGUGUGACUGAAAUGCUGGAGCCAGAUGCGCGCUACAAGCAGCUAUUUGCCUUGUCGAACUCUAGUCCGUCCCUGAAAACAGGCCUGGAAAUCGGACGCAAGGGAGAGCUCUAUCUGUACGAACGGAAGCUGGACGCAGCUCUGGAGUCGUAUACCUCAGCGCUGGGCAUUCUGGUUUCUUUCGUGAACAAUGAACCAAAGGGAGAGCGUCGCAAUCUAUUAUUGCAACAGUUGGAGUUUUGGAUGAAGGAGGCGGAAAGCAUCAAGAGUAUAUUGAGCGCGAAGAACUUGGACGAGGAGGAACAGAAGUUGUCCACGCUCAACAUCAAGAGAACCAACACAUUCCACGGAAGGUCGAAUCCCCCAAAACUAUGCCUUCUUUUGUUCAUUGUUCUUAAUUUGAUUAAAACUGUUUAAUUGAUAACCGAACAAAGCAUCGUUUGAUG